CAAACACUUAACACUUGGUGGCGCAAUCUUUUCAAAUCUGUGAAAAAAAAAAUCACAUUUGACGUGUUGAAACGUUCCUAGUUUUCCUGUAUUUUGUUUCUCAAAUUCAUUUUAAAAGGAAACAUGCCUAAAGUAAAGCGAUCUAGAAAAGCACCACCCGAAGGAUGGGAGUUAAUUGAACCAACACUCGAAGAAAUUGAGCAGAAAAUGAGAGAGGCUGAAACAGAGACCCAUGAAGGGAAACGUAAGGUUGAAUCCUUGUGGCCUGUCUUCAAGAUACAUCACCAGAAGUCCCGCUAUGUGUACGACCUCUUCUAUAAGAGAAAAGCCAUUAGUCGUGAGCUGUACGAUUACUGCAUCAAAGAGGGUUUCGCCGACAAGAACCUGAUAGCCAAAUGGAAGAAGCAAGGCUAUGAGAACCUGUGCUGUCUGCGCUGCAUUCAGGCUAGAGACACCAACUUUGGCACCAAUUGCAUAUGCCGCGUCCCCAAGAGCAAACUGGAAGAGGGCCGUAUUGUAGAGUGUGUUCACUGUGGCUGUAGAGGAUGCUCCGGCUAGCCAACAGCCACGACAACACCCGGGAAAUGGACUUGCAAGUAACUCUGAAUACUCUGGACAGUUCCCACCAGGAAUUGGCGAACUUGUCAUCUGUGGUUGUGCUGCCCUCGGCACGGAUGGCUAAGACCUGUACAUCCCUCCACUGAAACUGUCUAGUGUCUAUAAACUACUUGGAAAUAUCACCGAUGCCACAGAUCGCAAUAAACUCCUCUGUAUUGUUGACACACCUCAUCAAAAUUUGGUGGGAUUUUGUGGCGACAUAACUUGUAAUUGUUAAUAGACCUGUAACGUACGGACGUCACGCUUCAUUUUACACGUACAGUUUCCCUAUACCCGUGAGGUGGGAUACAACCUGUCCAGCCGCCGUAGGAAAGUGCACAUACAAAUAAAGCGUAACUUCAUUAAGUUUUGGGUCUACAGGUAUGUAAUAACUUGAGCAUUUAAGUUACUAUUUGAGUGUCUUUAAAAUUGAUUAUACUAUACUUUUUUCUAAGAUUUUUUUCAUGGGAAAUGACGUUGGCAUUGUUACAAGUAUGUACUUUACUGUUCUACCCUCAGAUUAACAUUGUUACUAUAUGUAUAACAGUUAGGUCACGUGAAAGUUAACCAAAGAAAUGGACAAACAAAACCAGAUGUUGCUAAUACAUGUAGCUGCAUGCAAUUCACAUUUAUUCAUAAAUACUAUGAUUCUGUCUAUGAAGAACAGAAAGUUUUUCCCCCGACAGUUUGGGUGGUGCAUAAUUUCCAUUUUUUACAUAGGAAGUUUGGAAGUCAGUUGUAUAAAAAAGUUGGUUUUGUUGGAAAGAGGCAGGUUGCCUGGAUUUGUUACGACUAACAUUCGGUUUAGUCCAAAAGUGACUGUGGUGCAUAAAUUCUGCAAAACUCCACAGAAAAUAUUUACAUACAACGGUUCAAUAAAUUACAGAUGAAAAUA